UGGAGAUAAGAAGAGAUGGUUGUGUUCAAGGUUGGUCGUGUUGAAACGACACCGUUUCGAUGGCCAGAAACCUGGGACUUCUGGUCUGAGGAAGAAGGUGAAAGUAUUCAAGCAGCCUAAUUACUUGCAAAAUUUUGUUCAGUCAACAUUCAAUGCCCUUACAACAGAAAAAGUUAGAGGUGCUACACUUGUUGUUUCUGGUGAUGGCCGAUACUUUUCAAAGGAUGCUAUCCAGAUCAUAAUUAAAAUGGCUGCUGCAAAUGGAGUAAGGCGUGUUUGGGUUGGUCAAAAUGGAUUGCUGUCCACCCCUGCUGUAUCAGCAGUCAUACGUGAAAGAAUUGGGCACGAUGGUUCUAAGGCAACUGGAGCAUUUAUAUUGACUGCGAGUCACAAUCCAGGUGGUCCCCAUGAGGAUUUUGGAAUUAAAUACAACAUGGAAAACGGUGGACCUGCGCCGGAAGCAAUUACUGAUAAGAUCUACGAGUACACUACAACAAUAAAAGAGUACUUAAUUGCAGAAGGCCUACCAGAUGUUGAUAUCUCUGUAAUGGGCGUAACAAGCUUUGGGGGUCCAGAGGGUCAGUUUGAUGUUGAAGUUUUUGAUUCAGCCAACGAUUACGUGAAAUUGAUGAAGUCGAUAUUUGAUUUCCAGUCUAUUCAGAAGUUGCUUUCAUCACCAAAAUUCACAUUCUGUUAUGAUGCACUUCAUGGAGUUGGUGGGGCUUAUGCUAAACCUAUAUUUGUGGAAGAGCUUGGCGCAAAAGAAAGCUCUUUAUUGAACUGCACACCCAAGGAAGACUUUGGUGGAGGGCAUCCAGAUCCCAAUCUAACCUAUGCAAAGGAGUUAGUUGCACGCAUGGGAUUGGAUAAGUCAAACACUGAACAUGAGCCUCCAGAAUUUGGUGCUGCUGCUGAUGGUGACGCAGAUCGUAACAUGAUCCUUGGUAAAAGGUUUUUCGUUACUCCAUCUGAUUCUGUUGCUAUAAUUGCUGCAAAUGCGGUUCAAGCCAUACCCUACUUUUCUGCUGGUCUGAAGGGAGUUGCCAGGAGCAUGCCAACGUCAGCUGCUCUCGAUGUUGUAGCUGAACAUUUGAACUUGAAAUUUUUUGAGGUGCCUACUGGCUGGAAAUUCUUUGGUAACUUAAUGGAUGCUGGAAUGUGCUCAGUUUGUGGUGAAGAAAGUUUUGGAACUGGCUCCGACCACAUACGUGAGAAAGAUGGAAUUUGGGCUGUUUUGGCUUGGCUAUCCAUACUUGCCUACAAAAAUAAAGACAACCUCAGUGGGGAGAAGCUUGUCACAGUGGAAGACAUUGUUCGAAAGCAUUGGGCCACAUAUGGGCGUCACUAUUACACUAGAUAUGAUUAUGAGAAUGUUGAUGCAGGUGCUGCAAAGGAACUAAUGGCAUAUUUGGUGAAACUGCAAUCUUCCCUUGGUGAUGUUAACAAGACUGUGAAGGGAAUACAUUCAGAUGUGUCGAGUAUUGUCCAUGCUGAUGAAUUCGAAUACAAAGAUCCUGUUGAUGGUUCCAUUUCAAAGCAUCAGGGUAUACGCUAUCUGUUUGAGGAUGGGUCACGAUUGGUUUUCCGUCUCUCUGGAACUGGCUCAGAGGGUGCUACCAUUCGUCUUUACAUUGAGCAAUAUGAAAAGGAUCCAUCUAAGACGGGGAGAGAUUCUCAAGAAGCACUUGCUCCUCUUGUGGAGGUUGCUCUUAAGCUGUCUAAGAUGCAAGAAUUUACCGGCCGAUCUGCUCCCACUGUUAUUACAUAG